CUAUGAUCUUUUUUCCACCAAGUUUUCGCUUCUAUGCAUCCUCUUUUUUUUUGUUCCCGAGCCCUUUGUCCUUUUGCACCUCACGAGGUCACAAGGAUCGUAUCGUGCAGGACCAGCGCGGUCAGGAUCCGACAAUAGCCGAACAUGGAGAGGAUGGACGGGAGAGAGACCUAUUGGUGAACAAGCGCGGACUGUCGAUGGUGGUCCAAAAGAUGGAUGUCAGGGUACCGUUCAGAUCGGUGCCAACUAGUCUUUGGUCAGCCAGAUCGACUAGGCAUAAGAAGUAUGAGACAGUAGAGGUCGAACAGAUGCAACCAAAAUCGUCAUGGAUCUUGAAAUUCGUGGAACAAGAUUCCAGUGUUAGUAAAGCAGGCAUGAAACUAGCGGGAUCGCAAUGAUGAAAGCAUG